GAAGGUCUGAUAAUGGCUGUAAAAGAACUGACAUUUAUUAUUGUGGUGUGCUCUUGUAUUGUCUGUACUACUGAGGUUGAAUUCUUCACUUCGACAGAUAAAAUUUCAGAACUUUUUAACGAGGAGGAAUUCCUUCUGAAGACCUUCAGAUUGUACAUUGAUUCUGAAGAAGAAAAUGUAAAGAUAAUGAAAAGGCUUCUUCUGCUGCUUCAGCUGGGCUCAUACUUAGACCCAGAUGACCCUGAGAAAAUCAAAGACCCGGUGGCAGCUUAUAAACUCAUCAGACGAGUGAGGACAGAAUGGAUAAACAUUGUUGAUUACACUCAACGGAGCCUUUAUCAGUUGUAUCAGACAGUGCUGAAAUAUGCACAGAUCCCACAGCUGAAGGAUUUGGAUGGUGCCGCUUCAGGACUGAUCCGACUGCAAGAGAUCUACAAACUCUACCCACACAACAUCACAAAGGAAAUGGCUCUAAAUGCAGAUGAAGCCUACCAUGUGGGGUUGGUCGCUUAUAACGAGGACAAAUUCCAGCAUGCUUUUCACUGGUUUCUGUACAGUGUGGACAGCUUAACACAAUACUCAAAUACUACUAAGGAAAAUCUGCUCCUCUACCUAAGUCUAUCUGCCUAUCAUUUUGGCAGCCUACCUGUGGCAAUCUACUUCGGCCAACAGCUUCUAAAUCUGGACCCAACAAACGAUGAAAUCAAAGUUCUGCUUGACCUUCUCAGACGCCUUCGCUUCCAGAGAUCGUCAAACCCUGACAUAUUCACACUGAACAAAAAGUCAAGUAAAUUUGAGACACUGUGCAGAGGAGAGGUCGAUGAGAGGACCUCCAAGAGGCAGAGGGCGCUGUCCUGUAGGUACAGCACAGGUGGAGGAAACCCCAGACUGAUGUAUCCACCAGUGAAAGAGGAAGUGGAGUGGGACGAGCCUCGAAUCAUCAGAUAUCAUGACAUUAUUUCAGACAGAGAGAUAGAGAUCCUGAAGAACAUCUCUAGACCUCUGCUUUCUAGGUCCUUGACUACAGAGGGAGUGUCGAAGGAUCGUAGUUCUCAAGGUGUUUUUCUGAUGGAAGACAAUAUUGUGGUUGCUCGUAUCAGCCAGCGGAUAGAAAACAUCACAGGACUCUCCAAGAAAUCAGCUGAAAGCCUAUUUGUUCAGAAUUAUGGGAUUAGAGGCAGAUAUGAACCACAUUAUGAUGAAUCGGGUUAUGAGAAUGGAAGGAUUGCUACGUUCUUAAUUUAUAUGAGUGAUGUGGAGAUAGGGGGCGCCACUGUGUUCCCUGAUGUUGGCGUUGUAUUGAAACCAAAAAAGGGUUCCGCCGUGUUUUGGUUCAACCUCCGCAAGAAUGGAAAUGUGGAUUUAAAUACAAAACAUGCUGGAUGCCCUGUGUUAAGGGGUAACAAGUGGGUGGCUAAUAAAUGGAUCCAUGUGUUUGGACAAGAGUUCAGGAGACCCUGUUCUUUGUCAUACUUGGAGUGAAAGACACAGACCAUGGAGAAAUCACAUGAAGUGUAUCUGUACUAUAGAAGUAUGUGUUAUUUUUAUUAUGUACCAUGUAAGUUUUGUAUAUAGGAUCUGUAACACAGAUAGAUACUACUGUAUUCAUUUUAACAGUGAUUUACUAAUCUCUAGGUGCCAGUAAUAUUUAUAAUAAUUGCAAUGUACAAUAAAAAGCACAGUAAAUUCAAUAGAUUAAAAUCUUAGUUAGUGGGUCCUCCAUCACCCGUCUCCAGAUGAUACAAAAUGCAGCAGCACAUCUUUUAACGGGCACACGUAAACAUGAGCACAUUUCCCCUAUUUUAGCUUCAUUACACUGGCUGCCUAUUCAAUUUAGGAUCCAUUUUAAAAUUCUGUUAUUUGCUUUUAAAUCACUAAAUGGUCUUGCUCCGCCAUACCGCUCUCUCAGAUCAGAUGAUCAGCUGCUCCUGACUGUGCCUAAAACUAAGCGUAAGCUCAGAGGGGACCGUGCCUUUGCUGUGUCUGCCCCUAAACUGUGGAAUGAUCAGCCUUUGCAUGUUAAGCAGGCCUCUUCUUUAUCUGUUUUUAAAACCCUUCUUAAAACCCAUCUUUUCUCUUUGGCUUUUGACACCUAGUUAGAUGUCGACUUUAUUUAAUUGAUUCAAUUUGUUACUUUGAAUGCUUUUAUUCUGUGGUUUAAA